GGGAGCGAUGCCUUUGUACCCGCCGCCAAGCUGGUAGUGGCUUUCCUUGCACGAAAUAGCUCAUCUUCAAAAACACCCCCAAGUGUUGUAUCGCAAGCAAGCAGUUAAAAAGCGCGAAAUUAGCAAAUUGCGAUAUUCGAGGAAACUUCGCGAGUUGUUUAAACCGAAUUCGUGGUGCGCGGGGUCCGCCUAUUUCAAUUCCAAAAUAUCGCCUAGUUACAGUCGCCAUUUUUGUUGGAGUUGGAUGGAGAGGAGCUCGGAUUUAAAAACCGGUGCUUUUUCGACAGUGUCCCGUUUUUGAGGAAAUGUGCUAAAGGGGCGGCGAGUGAGUGUUUCGCACGAGAGGGAAAAUGACCCAGCAGAACAGCACAACCAACUGGGUGAUCCAGGGAGCCAAUGGGCAGAUGAUUAAGGUGGUCCAGCCCAGUGGAAAGCCCAUAAGUGGCAUUGUGACCUCGGUGGCAGGGCAGCCCAUGAAGAUUUUCAAAUCGCCGAACAGCCAGGAACCGCUCCAGGUGUAUGGCACUACAGGUUCGUCGCAACAAAUCAUAAGAACAAUAGCAACGACUCCAAAAUUCGUAACAACAAAAGGUAGCACGCUUCAGGUCAGUGGAAUCCCGAAAGGAACGAAAACAUUUCGUUUAACGCCGACUCAAAUGCAAAGUAUAAAAUUUGUUACGCAAAAUAACCAGAAACUGCAACUUAGCCAAAAUGCAACGGCAAUACCAAUUGUACAACAAACACACACAGUCCAAAACAAGAACAAUUCGCCGCCGAUUCUGCAAAGAAAAAGGGCCGAUCCGAUUGAGCUAGAUUUCGUACACGAUUCAAAACGAAGCAGAAAGUCGGAAAAGGUCGGCAAAGGCCUGCGCCACUUCUCGAUGAAAGUUUGCGAAAAGGUGAGGAAAAAAGGCAAAACGACGUACAAUGAAGUGGCAGAUGAGUUAGUAGGGGAAUUCACGAGCGCAUCCAGCAAUAACUCAUUGGCGGAUCAGUAUGACCAAAAAAAUAUCAGACGAAGAGUUUACGAUGCCUUAAACGUACUAAUGGCCAUGAACAUAAUUUCCAAAGAAAAGAAAGAAAUCAGGUGGAUUGGGUUACCGACAAAUUCGCUCCAAGAGUGCAUGCAGUUGGAGCGGGAGAAGCUUAAAAAAAUCGCCUCGAUCAGGGAGAAGAAGAAGCAGUUGCAAGAAUUGAUUUUGAACCAAAUUUCGUUUAAGAACUUAGCUCAGAGGAACAGAGAAAUGGAAGAAAUCAACGGACCACCAGCCCCGAGUUCAUACAUUCAGUUGCCUUUUCUUAUCAUAAGCACAAAUAAAAAGACUGAGAUCGACUGCAGCAUCUCAAACGACAAGAAAGAAUACGUGUUUAAAUUCAACGACAAAUUCGAGAUUAAAGACGACGUGGAAGUCUUGAAAUCAAUUGGGAUGUUGAUGGGACUCGAGAGUGGGAAAUGCACCCCCGAAAAUUUGGAACGGAUCAAAAAGAUGGUCCCAAAGUCGCUCGAAAGCUACGUAGAUCAAUUGGCGUUUGGGGCUGCUGACGAAACUGAAGCUUUAUUGGACGUGGAGGCCCCUGGUACAAGCAGUAUGUUGACUGAAGACUUCGUCGAGACAACUCUGGACGAGGAGAACUCGCACCAGUCCUCCAGCGAUCCCCUCUCUCCAGGUGCCCCCGACUUCAGCGACGACGAGGGGGAUUCGGACAUGUCCAGUGACAUUGAAUUGAACUAGUGUUUAUUCUACAGUGUCUCAAUGUCUGUCCAUGUGAUUGCAGUAAGAGACGAUCGUAUUUCAUUAUUUUAUGUACAUUAUUGUUAAGUACUAAAUUUUAUUCGUCGAUUUUAAUUGCGUUGGACAAAAGGCGGGAGUGUUUGUCGGGGGUUGUGGCAAUGUGGGUAGCUUUUGUCCAACCCAACGAUUAUACAGGUACGUUUUUGUACAUUAAUAUUAGUUUAGUGAUUAACUUUUUUCAACAUUUUCUUUAAUACAUGUAUAUACAAAAUAUACUUUAUGUUGUAUAAAUUCUUCUCUUUGUUUGCAAAUAAAUUUGCACCUGUGAUAACAAGUGCUUGUAAUUUAAAUGUGUUUAAAAGGAAUGGUCAGAUUUUUGUAGUGGACCAAUAUUUUUUGAUUAGAGUAUUCCAAAAAAAGAUUAAAAGUUUAGAUUGCUUCGAAGUUGAGUAAUUCUUUAUUCUUUUGACGGUUUGUAAAUAAGUACAGGAGCGGAAAGCUGUUUAGGUUUCUUUUGUAUAUAAUAAGAUUAAAUCUUUUAUAUACUCCUUUUUUAUUGUUAUUUAUAAAACUUAAUUUUAGUUGUUAAUUAUAAAACUAAGUUUUUCUUGACUUUACAAUAGACUCCAGUUUGUAAAAAAUAAAUCAUUUAAAUUAA